UUGUUCUUAUUUGCUGUUGAUUUGCCAGCAUAAUUGUGGUCAUCGCUGCAGCUGGUGACGGCUUAACGGUAACUGUAACUGUAAAUGUAUUUGUGGCUGCUCUUAAGCAGCGCUCGCACACUCAAGUAUGUUGCACUUUGGUCGUAGCUAAAGCGAAUUUCGGGCUAACGUGCUAAGCACAGUGAGCAAAACAAAAGACUUAAGCAAAGAACUUGCCCGGGCGUACAGUGUGGCCAUAUUUUAGGGGUGACAGCUCGGCCAGAAGCAUGGCCCUAUUUCCCUCCUCCUCGCGUCCGCGCACGCUCAUGGAGCAGCUGUUGGCGCGCAAAAUUGAAGCGGCCGCUGGUUCCGGUUCCGGUGCCGCUUCCAGUGCCAGUUCCAGUGCUGGUGCUGCUGCCGGCACUAGUGCUAGUGUCGGCGUUGUUGCCGGCUCCGGUUCCAGUGCCCUGCCAUUGGCCGGCGCGCCCACCGCUGCUGGCAUUGUGAGCCGAUUGCGACGAACCGAUUCGCUGGACUCAACGAGCAGCCUGGGCUCUCUGGCGUUCGGCGAGGACGUCUGCCGCUGCGACGACUGCCUGCUGGGCAUUGUCGAUCUGUACGUGAUCAGUGCGGCCGAGGCGGCCAAAAAGAAGGUAGGUGCUGCGAGUGGCCCAAAAGCUGUUACGACUUAGACACACACUUUCUUGCUCU